CCCAUAGCCUAAUUAAAACUAUGUGCGCUCUAUGAUUAGCCUACUGUACACAACUGUAAAAGUCCGCUACCCUUUACGUGUGCAUUGAUUUCUACCUAUUUAUUAUGCUAAAUCAUUUUACACGCUCAACAAACAUCACGUAUUGCAUGCAAAUAAUAUAUGUGUAUUAUAACAACACUCCUUUAGUGGCCUAAUGACAUACGCGCGGUCAAAUAAAACAAUAUGUAUAGUUGUUGUGAGCUAUUCUAGUCAUUUAGCCUUAACAUUCUCUAAACCAUUCCGUGGUGCUCAAGCAAGCGGUGCACUCCUAGUAGAGCAGUUUGACCGAUAUACACAUCGCGUGCGAACAACCGCUUCUCGUGACAGUAGGACAGAUGCUUCUCACAGGCAAAUAUUGCCUUCGUUGCAGGAAGUGUAGCGAAGCAGCAGUACAGCGCAUGUUCUGAGAACUCUCUGCAAGCAAAUGAUGAAUUCUCUGCAGUGAAACGCAGUCCAGGGAGUGGUCAUGGGGAGUGCUGAGAUCACAGUGUCCUCAAGAAACAUAGUGAUGGUGAAGGAAGAGGAGGAGGAAGGGGAGCACUGUGAGAGCCGCAAGACUCAGGUCAUCCUCCAUCUGCAGCCCAUCAUACAGGGGGCAAAUGAGGACAACGCUGACACUGGCUCUACUGUUCUAGCCAUAGAGACGCAUCAUGAAGACAAUCUUGCGGAGGGUGAGGAGGUUGAGUAUGGAUACCCCAUCACCUGUGGCGAGAGCAAAGCUGUCCUCCUGUUUAAGAAGUUUGUCUGUCCUGGCAUCAACAUCAGAUGUGUCAAGUUCAAUGACCAGCUGAUCAGCCCCAAGCAGUUUGUUCACGUGGCAGGGAAAGCCACUCUGAAGGACUGGAAGAGGGCCAUCCGACUGGGAGGGGUGAUGCUCAGGAAAAUGAUGGACUCAGGUCAGAUUGACUUCUACCAGCAUGACACAGUGUGCACCAACACCUGCCGCAGCACCAAGUUUGACGUGUUGAUCAACAGCACCCGCUUCCUUCCGGGCAGAGCCAUGCAGCCCCCCCCUUCCCCUCUGCCAAUAGAUGGAGGCCAUGCUGCAGUGUCAGAUGACAGGAUAGAGGAGAAGGCCUACACUACAGUGGAGUGGAGCCCUGGGCCAGCUCCUCCCAUCACCAGUACAGCCAAUGGACAUGUCAAGAGGAAAAGGGGUGACAUCAUCCCUGAUGGCAGUCUAAGCUUUUGGAGAGGCAUAGCAGACGUUGGCCUGAUGGGGGAGGUGUUAUCCAGUUUCCGCACAGAACUAGUGGCCAUGUUGAGAGGAGUGGAGGUCCGCAGUGAGAAGGCCAUUUUGCAAGAAGCCGAUGCUGUUGUGCUGAACUCCCUUUCUGAGAUGUUUGGGCUGCUGGACUCAGUGAGGAGGGUUCUGGACCUGAGACGCAGUGAGACUGAUGACAACCAGCAGCAGGUCCACAAUGCUCUUAAUGUGCUGGAGGACCAGUUGGAGGACCAGAGGAAGCUGAGGCAGGAUGAGCCCCCACCCAGCCCUGGUCACCUCUACAUGGGCAGCUUCUCCAAGGCCACCCCCUCAAAGUGCCCGCGGCUGCAUCCCUCUAGCUCUUCCACCACCCAGCCUCAGAACCAGACCACACAAUCGUCCAUCGUCUUAUCUCCCAUUACCACAUCCCCAGUGGGUCAGCCUCUCAAUGUGGCCGGCUUGCCUGUGGCCACACUGGCCCAACUCCCCACUGGCUCCCAGCUCUUCACCCACUACACCACUGGCAACACCUCUGCAGGAAAGAGAGGCAGCGCCAUGUCUGUGGCUCUCCAUGCAGCCUCCAGGGUGACUGUGCUCAACACAACCACAGAGUCAUGGGUGGGGACCCCUCUACAGGCACUUCAUCUAACCCAGAAGAAGGAGCAGGACUCUGGGGACAAGGAGAGCCAGAGACUGGGGGAGGAGAGGAUAGUACUUGUGCAGCAGGGGGUACUACUGGACACUCCAGGGAUUCAGACACACUUUGAUGGGAACAGUGGGGGCUCAAUCAGAGAUGGAGGAAGAGGGGGAGGAGCAGGAGCAGGGGAGGGACAGGAGAGUGAAGGUACAGAAGGAAGGGUUGCAUAAUGUAGAGUAUAAUGUAGAGUCUUUGGCAGGAAGAGGGCAUUAAAAGAACGUAAAACCAAGUGAGAGAAGAGAGAACCGUAAGGAAUACAGUUGAAAGAGAAUAGAGUGAGUGAGUGAGUGAGUGAGUGAGUGAGUGAGUGAGUGAGUGAGUGAGUGAGUGAGUGAGUGAGUGAGUGAGUGAGUGAGUGAGUGAGUGAGCGAGUGAGCGAGUGAGCGAGUGUGACAGUGUGUGUGUGGAAGAGAGCAAGAAGGUGAACUUCGCCAUGUCAUGUCAUGUGUAGCUCCACACAGAUUUUAGGCUAUAUGUGUUUUAGGCUAUAUGUGUAACAUCAUUUUAACGUACAUAGUACUUUAAUUACCCAUGGUCUUCAUCAUCAAAGAUAUUGAUAUACUUAAUGAUAGGGGAGAGUGGGCUAAGUUGAGCCUUUCUCCGUCAAGGGAAAUAUUGUAUUCUUUCUAACAAAGAUGUCUACAUUUAUUUCAGGAUGUUGUGUAUCCCUGAAAAUAAUCAGAAUUAUGUAUAUAUUACAGUUUUGCGGGACAAGGUAAGUUAAGCCGCCUAUUUCUGUACUGAAUUAAAUAUUACCACUACUGUUUUAAAACACUGUCUACCUUUAUUUCCUAAACACAAAUCAACACAAUCACAAUCAUUUUUUUGUGUUUUAAUAAUUUAAAGCAUAUUUAACACUGGCUUAAAACUCUUUGUACUUUUUUAAAACACAUUUAACUUAGGCCAGGCCCUAUUGUCACCUCAUAUCCCAGCGAUAAUGAGAAGAAAACACUUACAUUUGCUCAACUUGCCAUUGGCUAAACUUUCACCCCAUGGCAAACAUUUUGACUAUAAUUAGUCCACACAGCUACAAGGAUGCACUUUCAUGCUUGGUUUAGGACCUCAUAUUGAAACUUAUAGAGACCCCCAACUGAUGUACAGAACGAUCUUAAAAUGAUCUACAUUGGUUUAGAUACAGUACAAGCAUCAUGAAAACACUUGACACAAUAAAUUCAUUUUUUUGGAUCUAACUUGCUUACCACUUUUUCCAUGUGGUUUCUUUCUUCACAGAGCUCUUCCUAAAUAUUUGGUCAUGUAAUACAUGUUUUGUGUAUGGUUUCCUAAAAACAAGAGUGGCCUAACUUACCCUUUGUCUCAGCUUACCCCACUCUCCCCUACAGGGUUUUAUCACAACCUCUUCAGUAGUUCUCAUCAACUCCUGUAAAUCACAGCUUGUAUUCAUAAACCAUAUCAGAGUAGGAUUGCUGCUCUUGGAUCAGUUUUGCAUUUUAAAUCAUAAUGAAUAAAAAGGGGGAACCUGAUCCUUAAACAGCACUCCUACUCUGAGACGCAGAACUCACUGUUCCUCUCAAGUACACCAGGAGAUAGGAACCAUCUGUGCUAUUAUCAUUUGGCUGUUUGUUCCAUUCUGGGUUCUGAAUUAUCAUAGCAGAACCCAGAAUGGAACAAACGGCCAAAUGAUAAUAGCGCAGAUGGUUCCUGUCUCCUUUAGUUCAGAUUUGAUUACAUAUUGGCAUCAAAAUGACAGCACAGACUGGGGCAGGACUCUAGCAAGUCCAAAGUUGUCAAAAGGGUUUUGUGUGCAAACAUUAGAAUAUUCCUUUAAAUCUUUUUUCUUCCUGAAGUUUUCACAUGUUCAAAUUAAAAACUUUGUUUCCCAUUUUUGUUAGUAAUGGAAUGCUCCAUGAUAAAUGUUUUGGUUGUUAGAGGUGCUUCUGAUGCAUACACAUCUAAUGUUUUAUUAUUUGGUAUGCUAUAAAAAAUGAAUAGUCACACACCAUGUAUAAGCCUCCCAGAAAUGUAUUCGGUAAACCACCAAUGUUUCGGCAUCAUAUUGCCUUCUUCAGGGUUAUUAUUUUGUAUAAAGAAAUAUUUUGUGUUAUUAUUUAUCAUACCGAGAGAUGCGUCUGUAGUGUGAUUCUUUUUUAAACCGGCAAACAUGUUUGCUAAAGUUUUAAAGCAAAACUUUUUUGUGUUUUUCACUUUCGUCCCACAUCAUCUACCCAACAACAAUUGCAAAAAUAUAUAUAUUGAAACGUCAUAGCACCUUUAAUUGUGAGAGUAAAUGCACUACAUUGAGUAAGACUGAAAAUGACAAUUGUACAAACUUGUUAUGUAAAAGUUGAAUUAAAAAUCCAUUGCAUAUGA